GUCUUCAAUCGCGUAGACGUUCCUCGCAGAGAACCGGAUGCCGAGAAUUCCGAUUCCCCGAUUACGACAAAAUCGGUCGUCUAUUUUGUACGUGAUGCAGUUGAAACCGUCCCUGCGAUUCGCCUUCGUUUCGGUGGUCCAUCUGAAGAAUGCAUGAGGACUAAGGGUCUCCAAAUGCCAAAUGCAUUGCCCUCAGAUCCAACUUCAGAUCCAAUCCUUGUGUCCUUGUUCUGUUCCCAUGUGCAUUCUAUUAACGGGUGUGCCAGUGAGUCCCGAAAAUAUGUGAAUACCAAAUAUUUUACCCAUAAACAACCAAGAGUGCAGUUCAUCCUAACGAUCGUUCCUAGAGCACACAUAUUAAGCUAAUCAAUAAGGAUAUCCCUGCUCUAUGUGAAUUAAUCAAGUUGAUAUUUACGUGACUCCCGAACGGAAAGAAAAAACAAAUGGCCAAAGUGCGUGAGACGCCAUAGGUGACCCCAAAAAAGGAAAAGAAAAGGUGACCCCAAAAAAGUAAAAGUCGGCGAUAAAGAAAUCGAGUCCAAUGCAGUUUGUUAGAGCCGACUACGCCAGACUGCAAAAUGCGUUUGAAUGAACCAGCUGCAAAAACGCGACCCAGAACUAAAUCAACGACUGCAGCCACCAAGUUCUCAUCAUCCGGGGGUGACCUUCACCUCGAAUGUUCCAUUUACAAUCUGAUCGGGCUGCUCCUACUCAUCACCACGAUCAUGGGCGGCGGAUUUGUUCAGGGCAAGACCAUUUACGACACGCUUAACAGCAGGAUUCAGGGCCUGGAACCCCUGGAAACAUCAAAGGUUCCCCUGCAAUCGACCGCGGCCACGCCCACUGCCCCCGCCCACGCCCACAUCCAGGUGUCCACGUUACGGAGUAGUUACGAGGAUUCGGAUGACGAUGGCGGGGAUGCCGAUUACGUCAUCCCAGAGGGUCUGACCUCCACAGAGGCGAUCCUGGAACAGGAUAGCCCUGGCCGGGGCCAGGAUCUGGAGUCGUUAUCCCUGCAGGCAGGAUCGGGCACAGUCUCCCCAAGGACAAAUCCCGAUCCCUCUGGGCACAAGAAGAACGGCUCCUUCCAGCAGAUUGGCAGCCAGAAUGUAAAUGCCUUAGUGCCGGCCACGGUGGCCACCACUUCAUCCGGCAACUCGUCGAGCGCCAACGCCUCCGCCUCCUUGGCCACGCCCACAGAGCCGGCGAGGAACCGGAGCACCGGCCACGUUCGCAACUCCGCCGUGAAGGUGGACAGCAAGCAUCCUCUGUCCAAGGGCCAGAAAACGGAUGCACCCAUGUUGAACUACAUCUUCGACACGUUCUCGUCGGCCAACAAGCAUCACCAUCACGAUCAGAGGUAUGGUCCCCACUUUGAGGAUGUGCAGCGGGUUGGUCAGGCCACCAAUCUCACCGUGCAAGCGGGCUCCAGCAUCCACCUAAAUUGCAGGAUCUCACUACUGCAGGAUAAGACUGUCUCUUGGGUGCGCCACAACCCGCAGGAUGGGGCCAAUGGCAGUGGUAAUGGUAAUGGAAAUGCCCUGGACCUGCUGACAGUGGGCAUGCACACGUACACGGGUGAUGAGCGCUACAAAAUGGAGUUCCAGUACCCCAACAACUGGCGACUGAAGAUUACCAAUGUGAAAAAGGACGACGAGGCCAUAUACGAGUGCCAGAUCUCAACUCAUCCGCCCCGCGUCAUUCAAAUUAACCUGCAUGUGAAUGCUCCGAAAGUAAUGAUAGUGGACGAGGUGGGGGAUCCGCUCCAGGAGAAGUACUACGAGAUAGACUCCACCCUGCAGCUGUCUUGUGUGGUGCGAAAUGUGGCCAUGACCAGUUCUGUGGUCUAUUGGAAGCACAUCGACAGCAUCCUCAACUAUGACGUAACUCGCGGGGGAGUGAGCGUCAAAACGGAACUGAUGGAGGAUGGAGCCAACUCGACGCUCUCGAUAGCGAAGAUCAGUAAAACGGACUCUGGCAACUACACCUGCUCCAUCAGCGAGUUCCAGAACUUUACCAUAGUGGUGCACAUUCUGAAUGGCGAAAGCUUUGCGGAACUGCACCAUGGCGGAGCGGUUGGGAACCGAAGCACGUGGUGGAACCUGGUGAUGCUACAUUUAAUGGCACUCCUUGUGCUACAUAGUUUAAGGGGGGAGUUUAGCUAAGGUAGCUUAAGGGGCAGUAAACAAAUUGAGACAACAUCGUUUUUCCUGUAGCACUUUUUGUUGAUUAAUUGUAAAGAUUCUAAAUUGGAUGGGGCAGUUAUUAGAAAUAACUUAAAAACGCAGCCUAAGUUUAACUGGCUAUUAUAGAUAUGUUUCUACGUCUAUCAUCAAUUUGUACAUGAGCAGGCACGCCUAGGAUUAAGCUAAGAUUAAGUUCGAGUGUAUUUGAGAACCUGGAGAGAGAGGCCAACGAAUUUCCCUAGCAGAAUUUCACGAGGUCAGAGUCUAUGGCCUGGCCCAGAUCUAGUUGAUACAGGAAUGUAAAGCAUAGUGUAAUCUAAGUCACUGCAAGUUCGUUAUCACAUGCUUUUGCAGCAAGGAUCCGAAGACCUCCUGUGGGAACUACUCAAUGUUGAACUAGUAUAAAGUGCAAUACGGUCAUAUACAUAUUAUAUACAUACACACAACCACACGAACGAAAGCAUCGGUCAAAUGAUAUGUUAAUAAACGAAUACUCGUAUGUAUGCAAUAAUAAA